AUCAGUACAUAGUAUAGUACAAGCCAAGUCACGUCAGUCAUUGCCUUGUGUUCGGGCUGCGCUCACAUGCGUUGAGCUGCCGCAGUAAAGUCAGCCAUAGUCUAGACAGCUACACUUAUAAUACCUGCGUGGACUGAAAAGGCCUGUGAAAUUAUUUUGUAACAAACAGCGAAUUUUAAACUGUAUUACUAUCAUGGCUAAUGGACAAACGAAUCAUCCUGAGCCUUUGGAGCGGCAUCCGGGAAAUGCAGAAGAGGAUGAAGAAAAUCAGGAAAAUGUCAGUGAAGAGCACGAUGACGAUGACGAUGUGUCAACAUCAGAACAAGACGAAUAUUUGGACGUGGAAGAUAUAAUGGAGCAAGAUUAUUUAGCAUUGGACCAGACCUUAGACCAAAUUGAUUCCUGCCUGGACCAACUUGAUCAGAAGAAUGAUGACCUAAAUGCUAAGUUAAGGGAGCUUUUGGCAGUUAGCCGUCAGGAAUACGAGGAACUUACUUCAGCCAGGUUAGCCAGAAGUGCAGGGUCUAGCGGUGAUCAGGGCCCUCAGGAUUCAUGCUGACAGUGUGAUCGUCAUCAUUAUCAGUUCCAAGAAAUAAACAUUCCAUUUAAAGGCAUAUCAAUAAUUACAAAACAGGAAUAACCAUCUUUUCUGGGGAUUUUAUCUAAGACAUUGUUUGUAGCCACUUGGUAGUCCAGCGGAACAAUCAAAGGUACAGAUACUAGGUUUUCGCCGAUUACCUGCAACAUGUAUGAGACAUUGGGGGAUUUUGAAUUAUGUGUUAACCUUUGGUAUUGGUUUUGGCCCAAUUUUCAUACCACCACAGCACCAGACGUAAGUUAAAAGGAGGCUGGAUCUAUAAUAAAUAAAGACAGACCUGACUUUGUUAUUUUUAGCUAUCAAUGAUAUGAUGUAAACUCACAUAUUGUAGUUAGGGAAGGCAUUCUAAAUUUUGCUUCCCACACCAACACAAAACUUCAAAUAACUUAUUAUCAAAGUUAAGGAUGAUGCCAGAUUGCCAGGUUAAUGCCUUGAAAGUGAAAGCAUUGGUUGUGUAGCAGUUCUGACUCUUGCAUAAAAUCAGAGGGUCAUGAGUUUAAUCCCACUGCGGCCCAGUGUCUUUUGAUAAAGUACCACAUGCUAGACUACUCUACAAGCUGCACAACACUAUGGCAUUAAUGAUAAUAUCUACCAAAUGGUGGAUUGCAGAUUUCCUCACAAAUCAGAGUCAACAAGUUGUUCUUGAAGGAAGUACAUCUAAAACUGCACAAGUCACAUCUGGCGUACCACAAGGGAGCAUCAUUGGGCCGCUGCUCUUCCUGCUGUUUAUCAACUACCUUCCUGGGUAUGUCUCAGCCAACUGCUCAGCAUGUACAUGAUAUAUUGGAAGAUCAGCUCGGAUUUGGACUCUAAACGACUGCAGCAAGACCUGGAGGCCUUACAAACAUGGGAAAGUGACUGGCUUAUGCCUUUCAACCCACAGAAGUGCCAGGUUUUGCAUGUAACCAAUAAGAGAAAGCCUGUCAAAUGGACUUUACAGCAUCUAUGGACCGCCUCUUGAGUCAGCUGAAAAAUCUGUAAAGUAUCUAGGUGUUCAUCUCAAGAGCAACCUAAACUGGACUGAGUGGACUCAUCAUAAUCAUAUUAAAGCCAUAACCAAGAAAGCCAGCUCUGUCAGUGCAUUUCUUCAGCAAAACAUCAGCCAAUGUCCAAGGAAGAAUAAGACGUUAUGCUACCUGGCUUUAGUACGCUCCAUUCUAGAGUACCGGUAUGCAUGUGUUGUGUUGGACCCCUACACCCAACACACCAGGAAUGUGUUUCAGUACUAUAAUGAUUAAUAUUUCUUCAUUUCAUGUAAGCAUAUUUUGACUUCAUCAAUGUAAAUUUGUAUUUUCUUCUUUGCAUUAUAUCUGUAAAUAGUAACAAAAUUUAUUUGGGGCCAAUUUUUACACACUGUAUAUACAUUGUACAUGUAUGUAUCAAAACAGUUAACUAUUUUCCACACAGAUGUAAGACUAUUGAAAUGCAUGGAUGACUCCUAAAAACGUAUAUAAAUUGGUAAAGCUUAGAAUUAUAAUGUAAGAGAGAGAAAGAAAUCGGAUUCCACAUUGGUUUUCAGUGAUUUAGAACUACAUGUACAAGCAUGGUGGAACUGGAAUAAAUACAAAGAUUGAAUGUACUGGUAAUGUAAUGUAGCCUUUCAGUGUAUGAGAAUAGUGCAGUCAUGAGCUACGGUAUCUGUUUGAAAGGUGCAAUAAUAGCAGUACUUGUGGAAGGGGAAUUAAUACCAUUAUAAUGAAAUCUAUGAAAAAAUUGUAUCACUACAUUUGUAAGAUUUGUCAGAACAAUGGUGCAAUAUAUAAUAUGAAUCUUUAACAAAACUAUAUUAGGCUUUCAAUAUUGAUGUUGUAUUAGAAAAUUAUGUAAGUCUAUAAAAAAAUGUACAAGAUCACUUGAUUAUAUAUACACAACAAAAAAAGUAAGUCCCCCCUUGAACAAACAUCAAUAAUUUCCGAACCAAUGCGAGUUUUUUAUAUAUUUUUACAUGAGCGUGUAGGUAAUUUUAUAAGCUACCAUCUGAGUAAAUGUUAUGGACGUAUUUUACGUCAUGCUUCAGUGAGCACCAUCAGAAGGCAAAAAUGUCACUUUUCAAAAGUCACAAGCCAAAUAUCAUGACUUUGAUUCCAUUUUAUUGGAACUGAUUCCAUAUUCUCAUCAUGAAAAAUAGUCAAAAGGCUUGUAAAAGGCACUUUCUAAAAGACGAUGCAGCUUUUUUGGUUAAAUUUCACGGUUGAAUAAACACAAGUCCAAAUUUGCUAUAAUUGGAUUUUUUACGCAUUUUUAUCAUUAAAAAUGAUAGAAUAUGAUGACAGUUAUUUUGGGGAAGAGUAUUUUCAACAAUAUUCAUCGUUUCACGGUUCAAUGAACAUAUCUUGAAAACAAAAAAUACGAUUUUCAAAUAUCAUAGGCAAGAAUUGUUUCAUUUUGGUUACUGAAACUGAUCUUUUAUCAACUUUUUCGUUAUGUUCAUGACCAAUUAAUAUGUUUUAAUGAUUCAAAGGCGUUUAAUUAAAUAUUCACGCUUGAAUGAACAUGUGGAAUGUGAUUAGCUCUUUGUUACGUUAUUGGAAAAAAUGCAAUUUGUAACUAUGGAUAUCUGUCACAAGCCUCCUUGCAUGGUUCAUUUGAUUUGAUUUUUAUGAAAAUCCCGAUGUUUAAUGCAUCAGUGAGCACACAAUAUUAGAAAAUUAUGCAAAUGAGAAGAAAGUUCAAGGCCUUGGCCCCACUCUGUGCCGUAUUGAAUUGUUAUUUUGAUGUGCGCGCCUUUUGGAUAGUGUUAUUCUGAAGCCAUGUGCGAAGUUUCAUGAAAUAACCGUUGGCAGAAGUUACAAAAAUCGUCCAUGAAACAAACCCCUAUUUCAUAUUUGUUGAAAUUUUGACUUCCUCUCUCAUAGACUUGUGUACAUUAUGGGUGUUUAUGUUUAAGAAUAAGUAACCCCUUAUUCAAUAUGGUGGAACUUUUUUUCAAGGCUGUCUUUAGCAAUGUCAUUUGGCAGUAAUGUUUAUCAACCUAUGGGCAGAAUUCUGUGCAAAAAUGAAAUAGAUUUGUUUAUUUAUGGAUGAGUGAGCACGCAUCAAAGUGGGAAAAUGGGUAUUUUCAAUGUCACAGACUAAUUUUAAAGGGUAAUUAGGUGAAUAUUGAGGGCAAAUUCGGUCUCAAAUGUGACUUUAAUUGCUGUUGUUUUUAUCAUCCAUUAUUUCUAUCACCACACACUUUCCGAACUUUUAACAUUUUCAUGGUUGAGCGAGCACAUUCGAAAAGAAUGAAUACUCUUUAUAUACUGCAUAAAUGUAUUCUUUUCCUUACAAUUUCUCAUGAUCAGUUUGAUUUAUGGACAAAUCAGGGGUGGAUCCAAAAUUAAAAAAUGGGGAGGGGCCUAUAAUCGGGGGAGCUACCAACAUUUUCAAAUUUUAAUAUGACCUAUCAAGUUGUAGAGGAUACUACCGAAAACCCAUAUGAUGAUACGUCACAAUACAGGGGCCGCGGAACGGUUUACAAAGUGUGGGGAGGGGAGGGGCUUAGCCAAAAGUGGGGAGGGGGGGCUGACCAUGCAAAAAAAUUACAAUCGUAUGCUCAUAUUUACAUUGUUGUACAUGCUUUGGGAAAAAAGUGGGGGACCCCAGCCCCCCCCCCCCCCCCCCGCUUCUGCGGCCCCUGCAAUAUUGUGCUCACUCAACCAUGAACAUACGAUAUCAAAAUUGUGUGUGGAGUGGCUAAAUGAUGGAUAGUUAAACAGCAUUAACAUCAUAAAGUUCACCUAACAACAUCUUUUGCCCAACUUUGUAUUUGCCCAAUCUGAAAAACGACUCUUGUGACUUUCAAAAAUGGUCAUUUUUAAUUCAAUCUUUAAUUACUCAUGCAUGACUCAACCGAUCAAUCUCAUUUUUCCCUAGGAGUUGCUUAAUGUGUGUACCAACGAAAUAUCAUAUCUCAAAAUAAUUCCGUUCAAAAGUUACAGCAAUUUGAUUUAGGGGGGACUUACUUUUUUUGUUGUGUAUAGUUCAGUUAAGAAUAUUGUAAUAAGAAAAACAGAUACAUGUACAUGUAGACUUCCCAUCCCCACUCUCAUUACUGUCAUUUUGUGCUUCAAAAAGAAGACUCAAGACUUGUGCAUAAUUAUUUUUUUAAUGUUUUAAAGUUUUAUUAUUUGAAUUUCAUAAUUCAUAAUGCCAAAGUAUGAUUUGAAGUAGGUAGUACCAUUGUCUCCAUAGUUAAGAUAAAACAAAGAUUUCAUUUAAUGAAUUUGCAAAAACCAAGUGUUUCCAAUUUCAGCUUUGAAUAUUUUAGAAAUACCAUAUAUUGUAAAAUGUUUAUCAUGAUUUAAAUGCAGUACUGUGGAAUUUUGUAAUUGUUAGUUAAGGUCAUAUUGUCUACAUGUUUUAUAUAUCAUAAAAUUGUAUGCAUUAUAUCAAGAUAUUAUACAUGAACAUAUAGAUUUAUUUAUUAUGUUUUUGACUUGGUUCUUCUUCUGUUUCUUUAAAAGAAUACUUUUUAGAUAGAUUUUAUUUAAUAGGGAAUAAUUGGUGGCACCCAGCAGGGUGAAUCGAGGAAUUAACAAAAGGGGCACUUUUUACAAAAUAAAUGACCCAAAAAGUUCUAAGUACUUAACUUUUAAAAAUAAUGUUGACAAAGAUUGGGUUGGGGGAGCAUCCUUGCUACCAGUGUAUUCUCCCAGCUACUAUCAAAAGCAACAUUCUCUCGGAAUGAAGAAUGCAAUAAAAUACCAAUUUAUUUUAAAUUUAGGAUUUCUUGCCAAUAUUGAACCUCAUUUGAAUUAA